CACACUGCAGCAUCAGGAGGUCUUCUCGGAUAACUACCAAUUUCAAAUUCAUCCUGAUCCGCCUCAAUCGAUUGCCAUCAUGGUGCAAUACGCAAACUUUCUCUUCCCUCUCUACGUCUACCCUACCAACAAUGCAUGGGAGCCACUGACAUCUGCGGCCGCGCAGUACCCAGAUGUCACAUUUACGGCGGUCAUCAACCCCUCGACCGGUCCAGCACCAGAUGCGGAUGGUUGCCCUAAUAAUGAUUAUGUCAAAGGCAUCGCGUCCCUCAACAAGUACCCAAAUAUCCACACAAUGGGCUACGUACAUACCGCCAACCAAUGGAACUGCGGCUCUUCGGGAAAAGACAUCUGCUUCUGCACUGCACCAGCUGCUGAAGUGAAGGCAAACAUCACUACGUACGCGAGCUGGAAGACCAAAAGCUGCCCGGGUUGGAGCACAGCGAACCCCGAUAUCCAUAUCGACAGCAUCUUCAUUGAUGAAGCACCCGGCCAGGAUGGCGGUAGCUGCCUCAGCUACAUGACCGACCUCACAAACCAUGCGAAGUCGUCCUUGACGACUGCCUCGGGCGGUGAGGUACUUUUCAACACUGGUGCAGCAACGGAGAUGUCAUACUUCGAUGUCGCCGAUGUCGUCAUUCUCCUAGAAGAUACCCAAGCCGCAUACGAGGCCAUUCCCGAUAUUGGCGUGCGCAAUGGCAACGGCAAGUACUACAAAAAGUCGUCGAUCAUCAUCCACUCGGCCAGCAACGCCACAGACAACAUCCAGAGGGACACGAGCACUGUGUUGGGGCUCGACCGCAGUGCGUUCCACAGCCUGUUCUAUACAGACCGAUCGACUGAUCAGUACGCAUACUUCCCUUAUAACUGGGCUGAGAUUGUCAAGGAGGUUAACGUGGUUGCUCAAGCUAACAAAGUCAUUCUCGGAGCAUAAGCAACUUCAGGGCGCUCAAAUGACCAUGUUGCGCACAUUUGUGCAAAGCAAUUGCGAGUACAAGUAAUAUAGAACAGAAUGACGACCUUAAA